AUACUGUGACAAAUGUGUUAUUCUAAAACAGCUCCAGUCUCCUCCACCAGUUCCCCGGUGAACCGUUGGGGGGACCGGGAGAGUCGGACUGCCCGCUCCGCGGCCCCUGCUUCCCGGCUCCGCGUGCGUAAGAUCCGGCCCGGAGGAAAGGGACGAAUGUUAAUUUCAAAGAUGGCAGCGGAGGGAGGAGGGAAGGAGAUGAACGAAAUUAAAACUCAGUUCACCACUCGGGAAGGCGUCUAUAAACUCCUCACUCACUCCGAAUACAGCCGCCCCAACAGGGUGCCUUUCAACUCGCAAGGCUCCAACCCCGUCAAGGUCUCCUUCGUCAACGUGAACGACCAGUCGGGCAACGGCGACCGGAUCUGUUUCAAUGUGGGCCGGGAGCUCUACUUCUACAUCUACAAAGGCGUGCGAAAGGCUGCUGACCUGAGCAAGCCCAUCGACAAGCGCAUCUACAAGGGAACGCAGCCCACCUGCCAUGACUUCAACCACCUCACCGCCACAGCAGAGGGCGUGUCGUUGCUGGUGGGUUUUUCUGCGGGACAGGUCCAGCUCAUUGACCCGAUCAAGAAGGAGACGAGCAAGCUCUUCAACGAGGAGAGACUAAUCGACAAGUCCAGAGUAACCUGCGUGAAAUGGGUGCCGGGUUCCGAGAGCCUGUUUCUGGUCUCUCACGCCAGUGGGAACAUGUACCUGUACAACGUGGAGCACACCUGCGGCACCACGGCUCCACACUACCAGCUGCUCAAACAGGGAGAGAACUACUCUGUGCACACCUGUAAGAGUAAAUCCACACGGAACCCUCUCCUCAAAUGGACGGUCGGCGAGGGGGCUCUGAACGAGUUUGCCUUCUCUCCAGAUGGGAAGUUCCUCGCCUGCGUCAGCCAAGACGGCUUCCUGCGAGUCUUCAACUUCGACGCGGUGGAGCUCCACGGCACCAUGAAGAGCUACUUCGGCGGCCUGCUGUGCGUGUGCUGGAGCCCCGACGGGAAGUACAUCGUGGCGGGCGGCGAGGACGACUUGGUGACCGUGUGGUCCUUUUUGGACUGCAGAGUCAUCGCCCGGGGUCACGGGCACAAGUCGUGGGUCAGCGUGGUGGCGUUCGACCACUACACCACCAGCGUGGAGGAGAGCGACCCGACGGAGUUCAGCGGCAGCGACGAGGACUUCCAGGACCAGAUGAUCCACUUCGGACGAGACCGGGCCGACAGCACGCGGUCCCGACUCUCCAAGCGCAACUCCACGGACAGCCGGCCCGCGAGCGUCACCUACAGGUUCGGCUCGGUGGGCCAGGACACUCAGCUGUGCCUGUGGGACCUCACGGAGGACAUCCUCUUCCCCCAUCUCCCGCUCUCACGGACACGAACGCACACCAACGUGAUGAACGCCGCCGCCCCCCCCGCCGGCGCGGCGAUCAUCACGAACACCUCGAGUAGCACGACGAACGGAACCGGCAGCGGCGCCAACACCCCUGGCGUUAACUCCCUCUCGACUGCAUUACCGCUCUCCAGCAGCCUGCCCCAUUCAGCCAGCGCCACGGCAAACAAUACCAACAAGGCCGGCGCCGGCGCCGGCGGUAUCGGCAGUGGCGUUAUGGACGGCGCCAUCGCCACCGGCGUGAGUAAGUUCGCCACGCUGUCGCUCCACGACCGGAAGGAACGCCACCACGACAAGGACCACAAGCGCAACCACAGCAUGGGGCACAUCAGCAGCAAGAGCAGCGACAAGCUCAACCUGCUGACCAGAACCAAAACGGACCCGGCCAAGACUCUGGGCACGCUGCUGUGCCCGCGCAUGGAGGACGUCCCCCUCCUCGAGCCCCUCAUCUGUAAAAAGAUAGCACACGAGAGACUGACUGUACUCAUAUUUCUAGAGGACUGUUUAGUGACUGCUUGUCAGGAGGGAUUUAUUUGCACAUGGGCGAGGCCGGGCAAAGUGGGUUUAUUGUCCUCCCAAAACCAAGCCAGCUCUCCCAGUGGAACAGUAGUAUAGCCACAAUAGUUCUGCUGCUAAAGAACCCUGCAACCCCGAGUCUGAUGCUGCUCUUCACCCUGCGAGCUUUGCAAGUUUUCCUUUUUCUUUUAUCCCCCCCCCCCCACCACCACCCGACUUUUGUUAAUGGCUUUUUUCUGUUUUUGUUUUUCGUUUAUCACUCACUUGACCUAGAGGAGAAAUGAAGCAAGAGAAGGUGUGGUGCAAUUUGUUCUCUGGAGUUUUAACACAUUUUAGAUUUUUUUUUUUAGCGUUCUUUUCAAAUACCGUCAGACUGUUGUCCCCUCUGGAAAUAGACCGUUGCUUUGUGAGAUGCGAACCAGACAAUUGUGGCGUGAGAUUAAAGGGAGAGUUAAGUUAAUGUUCAUAGUCUCUUUGUUCUCCUUUCUCUUCGCCUCGUUGUGGGCGGCGCCCAGUCUCGGCUCAGGGUUACGUUACUGACUAAAAUGUGAUUUUUUUUAUUUUUUAUGAAUUAUCCAUUUUAUAACCAAGUGCGUAAGCAUCUGAAAGUUUUGCAUCCAUCCACAUUCACCCCACCCCCUUCUCUUUUCAACAACUUUGCACUGAUUUUGUUAUUGUGUUUGUUUUUAUAACCGCUCUAAUGGAACAAAAAAUGAGGGUGGAGGACCGCCUUGUUGCAUCCUCCGUCUUUAAAUCUGAAUCCAUAUAAAGGUGGAUGCUGCAAUCAGUCUUGUUAAAGAAAAACAUGUUUGCACUUAAUUUAGUUUAUUAGAAGAAAAUGGCUUUACGUGUUGGGUGAGCUCAUAACUCGCAGAUGGCUAUUAACAGUAGGUGAAGAAAAAUGAUAAACAAUUAAAACCUUUUUCAAUUGAGCAUUUAUUUCAGAUUAAAAUCUGCUUUGUAUCAUAAUGUGCAUAUUGUAAUUAAUUGAUUUGAUGGGGCCCGAAGCAAACUACCAUUACGCCAGUGGAAGUUUUGUCAUUGAUAGUUAUAUUUCUAAAGCCUAAAGUAUACAUAUUAAUAAUAUUAAAAUAAUCUUGAAUA